AUGCGACUUCCUCUAGAAAUCGUGGAGCAGGUCUUUUCCCACUAUGUCGUGGCAGUGCCGUCUAAAGAAUUCCAGAGUAUCGCCUCCCUGAAGGAAUGGUUAGCUUUCACCGCUUUCACCGACCAUGCCGCCAUCUUGUCUGGGAGGAACAAUGACUGGCACAAGACAGCUUUCUUUUACACAGAUAUCCAGGAUCUCAAGAGUCUGUUGAACCUACGCUUGGUGUCACGCCAAUGGAACCUCUCUGUGGCUCGACUGCUCCGGAAGCACAUGUGGUGGAACAUUCGACUACACAAUGAAGCCUGCUGUAAAACAAUCAUAGAGUGCUGUGACACUAAAAGCGACACAAUGGGAGAGUCGAUCAGAAAACUAAGCCUCGAUGAUAUGGAUGACCUACAAACAUUCGAGCGUACGUACUCGUACGACCACGCAGAGCAUUUUGGUGAAGAUGUCGACGAUAAUUUUAUCGUCUUGAACUCCACCUCGGUUGACGUACUUGGGCCGCGCGAUAAGUCUACAAUGCGAGUAGACUGCAAGUUGCAUUACGACAAGUCCAAAGAGCACGCUAUGGUCCGGCGUCUUUUCGAUACCCUCACCUGCAUUGAGGACUUCAGUGUUACGUUUCCUGGGGCUAGCAGCCGCCCAGAGCUAAUAGGAGAAUGUUACGACAUGGAGGGGCUGGACGAGACUAUUUCUACUCUUCAAUAUGGGCUCAAGAGCUCGGCUUUCCAAUACCUUGUAAAGCUUAACCUUGCAGUCCCAUGCACCUGGCAUGUUGGCCAGCUAGCCAGUGUUAUGGUGCAGGAGGCGCGAGAUCGUCUGAAGGAUCUAAGAGUAGCCAUCGUGGAUGAGACUGGGCCAGGAGGAAGUCCGUGGUACUUCAUUAUAGACGAUGACUACAACGACGGCGACCUCACGGACAUCUUGAGUUCCGGCUAUGGACCAAGCAAUCUGCAGGUUGCCUAUCCGAACAGAGAGCAUCAAGACUCUCUUUGGAAAUUCGUGUCAUCAUGCAGAAAUCUCGAAUCACUGGCCAUCGAGGCUUCGCAUUAUCUUCAUCUAGAUCGGCUCGAGUGGAACCCGAUUUCUAAUAUGAGGGGUUUGAGAGACCUCUCACUUUAUCGACUCUGGACCAAUGUAUCAACACUGCUGAAACUGUUGUCUGCUUCUCCAGGAUCAAAGCAGUAUCCCAGAGCCCGUCGAGUCUUUCUCAGGGACGUCAAAAUUUAUGGCGGCGGUGGGAAUUGGGAGGAAGUGUUCAAGCAUUUGAGGACAAAGUGCCCUGAUUUGGAACUCUUUUUUGCUGAACAGCUGACGUAUUUCACCAACCACCCGCGACACCUACACAACAAUAGGCCAUGGGAGAACUAUAAUAGCAUAUGGACGGAGCCUGAAGACGAAACAAAUCUUGAUUGGAGUUCACUACGGAAGCUGAACAGAAAAAUGGUUAACAAAGCUGGAAAGAAAGAUUACUAUCCUCUCCGGGUUUUUGAUUCCGAUAUGGAGUCUGAAACAGAUGAGCCACCAUAUUGA